AUGGCGCUCUCAUUUGACGAUAGGAUUCUUGGUGAGAAAGUCAAUAAUUACUGCAGCUCCAGUGAGGAUGGUGAAGAUUCAGAUUCCAGUAAUGAUGAUGAAAAUAAUGCAGAUGGUUCAUGUGCACCUAGUCCAUCUCUUGCUCCUGAUUUAUUAAGUCAACAAGUUGCUCGUACCGGUCCAAAGGGUGUUAUUGCAGACUACAAACAAUAUCAGAGGCUCAAGGCUGAGCAGGAUAAAAUGAAGGAGGAAAUGGCAUUGCAGUUAGCAAAAAAGUGCGCUCUCACCAGCAGGUCUUACAACGCCGAUCAAUUGGCUAAACAACAAGAGCAACAACUCAAGGAGUUGUUUGAAAGCCUUGAGGAUGACGAUGCUUUUCUGGUGCAGUACAGACAAAGGCGGCUUGCCGAAAUGCAAGGGACUCUCGAGAGCCUGCCAACGUACGGGCAUGUAUAUGAACUUAAUGCAAGUAAUUUCGUUCACGAGAUUGACAAGGAACCUGCCCAAGUGACUGUGGUGGUUCAUGUGUUUGAAGAGAUUGCCAACGGCGUGCCUGCAAUACUAGUUUACAAAAACAAAGAGUUAAUUGGCAAUCUGAUAUCAAUUUCCAGAGAACUGGAUGAAGAUUUUGCGCCUGAAGAGUUAGAAACGUUCCUUUUCGAGCAAGUGAUUUUAACAUUUCCAUUUGGCCGACAACUUUGCCACAUGCUUUCUUCUAUCACCGCGCAUGGUUUCCUGCCUCCCAAGGAAGAUAAAGUCUCUCCACUCCUAAGGGAUUCGUCGUCCACCCAAUGUGCCCCGUUAGACAGCGACUCCGAUUAA